AUGGGAGAUCAAAAUCAGCUUCUUAAGGAUUUCGCAGCCCCAAAUUCUCAAGGCACACAGUCAAGCAUUACAAGGCCCAAUGUUGAAGCUAAUAACUUUGAGCUGAAACCAUCACUGCUCUCAAUGGUUCAACAGAAUCAGUUUGGAGGAGGUGCUACUGAAGACCCUAACCUCCACCUGUCAAUUUUCUUGGAGUAUUGUGACACUUUGAAACUUAAUGGAGUGACCAAUGAUGCUAUUCGACUCAGAUUAUUUCCGUUCUCUCUAAGGGACAAGGCUAGGGCUUGGUUGCACUCAUUGCCAGCUGGGUCCAUCACCACUUGGGAUCAAUUGUCCAGAGCGUUUCUUGCAAAGUAUUUUCCUCCAAGUAAAACAGCACAGAUGAGGAACCAGAUCACAAGCUUUGUACAGAAGGAAGGAGAGUCACUUUAUGAAGCUUGGGAACGCUACAAGGAAUUAUUGAGGAUGUGCCCUCACCAUGGACUGGAGAAGUGGUUAAUUGUUCACACCUUCUACAACGGGCUCACUUACAACACACGGAUGACUGUUGAUGCUGCUACAGGAGGAGCUUUGAUGAACAAAACAAUAGACGAGGCAUACACUCUCAUUGAAGACAUGGCUCAGAAUCACUAUCAAUGGGCGAACGAGCGUGCUCCUCAGACAUCAAAAGGAGGCAAGUAUGAAAUAGAUGCUUUAGACCAUAUAUCCUCUAAAGUUGAUGCUUUAUUUAAGAAAGUUGAAGGCUUGAGUAUUAAUUCUGUGGCGUCUACUUCAAUUUCAUGUGAGAUAUGUGGCUAUGUGGGUCAUUCUGCACUUCAAUGUCAAUUAGGAAACCCCCCAUCCAUUGAUACUUCUGGUAAUGAGCAAGUUAACUAUGUUAAUAACUUUAAUCAGAAGGGAGACCCAUUCUCCAACACUUAUAAUCCUGGGUGGAGGAAUCAUCCUAAUUUUUCUUAUAGAAACCCACCUGGAAAUUCCAUGCCCGCAUCUAAUUUUGGUCCACCUGGUUUUCGUGCUCCUCAAUCCAAUUUCCCUUCUCAAAAGUCAAAUUUGGAAAAUAUGAUGGAGAAGUUUGUGAUGACUCAAUCAAAAUUGAAUGAAGAAUUUAAGCAACAACUACAAACCACGAAUGAGGUAGUAAAACAAUUGGCCUCUAAGAUGGAUUCCCUAGCUACGCAUAACAAGAUGUUAGAGACACAAAUCACUCAAUUAGCGCAAAAUGCUAGCUCUUCCUCUAGGCCUCAGGCAUGCUACCUGAACAACCUGAGACGAAUCCCAGAGGUCAUGUGUAUGCUAUAA